AUGGAAGACUUCAACACUCGCGAUUUGAUCCAGCAACUUCAGGCCCAGAUCGAGGCACAAGCACAAACUAUACGGGAGCAGCAGGAACUCCAACGCAAGCAGGCGGAGGAGCUGGCGGCACUGAGGGCGCAACGCCCACCGCCAGAAGUAUCUGCCUCUAAUCGGCAGGAUAAUAAUGAGGCGAGUCACCAUGGAGGACCAUCUGACCCCUUUGGCGGAGGAAGGAAGGGGCCUACUUCCAUGCGCCUCACUAACCUGCUCCCAUUCACGGAGGCCAUCAUGCAAGCGCACAUGCCGGAUAAACCUCCCCCAGCGUUAGAACGUUAUGAUGGCUCCGCCGAUCCCGAUAAUCACUUGCGCAAUUUUGUAGACGCCAUGGCGUUCUACACGGAUAAUGACCCAGUCAUCUGCAGAGCUUUCUCCUUAUCCCUCAAGGAUGAGGCCUUGGAGUGGUUCCACACUCUUCCACGGAAUUCGGUAGAUUGUUUUGCGACAAUUGAAACUCUGUUCAGAAAACAGUACACGACCAACAGAAAACCGGAGAUGACUGCUGCUGAGCUUGUGAAUACCAAGCAGGAAAAGGAUGAAACACUAAGAGCGUUCAUGCAACGGUACAACGAGACGGCCCGGCGUGUGAAAGAUAUCAAUCACACCUUUAUCAUCAGCAAUCUACCUUCGUGUUUAAGGCCAGGACAUUUUGCGGAACAAUUAUAUGCUGACCCUCCAGCAUCUAUGGAAGAACUGCAAUCCACAAUUGCAAAGUUCAUCCGCAUCGAGGACCUCCGGAAUUCUCGAAAGAAGCAGCAACAGGAUACCUCCAGUCAUGAUGUAAAGAAAACCGCAAAGCGAUCGACCAGCGACUAUAAAUCAGACCGACCGCCCCGAAAAGAGUCAGGGUGGACGCCUAAGUACGAUCGCUACGCGACCCUCAACGCACCCAGAGCAAAGGUGCUCGAGGAGGCUUUGCACGCCGAACUCCUAACUGUGCGGCGACGAGCUACUCCCAAGAACGCGGACAGCAGCAAGGCCUGCCGCCUCCACAUGAAUCGGGGGCAUGACACAGAAGAAUGCUACUUGGUGAAGGACGAGCUGGAGCGACUCAUCCGAGCAGGCUACCUCCAGAACUACGUUAAGGACAGAAUCUCUACCCGAGCCACAACUCCUCACCGUAAGGAUCCCUCCAAACGGAGCCCUGAGCGAUCGCCUCCCAGGGAUGACCGACGCCGCAGGCGAUCGCGCAGCCCACCCCGACGAACGGAGAGAGAACGUUCAGUCCGAGGUCGAAUUGAUACCAUAUCGGGUGGUUUCGCCGGGGGGGGGGAGUGUCGUCCUCCGCCAGAAAAUGACAUCUCAAACAGUUGA